UUAUAAAUCUCCGCGCUUGCACCCUUUGCAGUUUUUGGCACUGGUCUGCGCUGCUUCGCGGCGUUGUCAACUUCCCUUCACCCAACCACCUUCCAUCUCCAAACAAACAUGGGUCGGAAACACGACGCCGUUUUGGCCAGCGAACCUGUCGCCGAAGAAGCCCCCUGCAGCCCUGAGCUCGAUUCCGAGAAGAAGAAGAAGAAGAAAAAGAAGAACAAAAACAAAGACAAGCACCAAACCGAAAGCAGCCCCAAACGAAAGCUCGACGAACACGACCCCCAAAACGGCACCGAAUCGAAGAAGAAAAAGAAGAAGCACCACGAGUCCAAGGGGAACGCCGAGGAAACCAACGGCGAUAGCAACAACAACAACGGCAAUGGUGCUAAUCGCGAGGAAACGGCGACGGAUGGGUCUGUUGUGGUCACCGGUAACAAUGCGGGAGAGGCGAAAUACGCCGCGGUGAAGAGCUUCGCGGAUUCGGGGCUGCCGGAGAACGUGCUGGAGUGCUGCAAGGGUUUCGAGAAGCCUUCUCCGAUUCAGUCCCGGGCGUGGCCUUUCUUAUUGGACGGUCGUGAUUUGAUUGGAAUUGCUGCCACUGGCUCAGGGAAGACGUUGGCGUUCGGCAUACCGGCGGUUAUGCAUGUUUUGGGGAAGCGGAAGGGGAAAAGUUCCAAGGGACGAAACCCUCUCGGCCUCGUGCUCUCACCCACUAGAGAGCUAGCUCAACAGAUAUCAGAUGUCAUGUGUGAUGCUGGUAGGUCUUGUGGUGUGCAAUCAAUCUGUUUGUAUGGUGGAACCUCCAAAGGGCCACAAAUCUCCUCACUAAAAUCUGGCAUUGACAUUGUCAUUGGAACCCCUGGUCGUAUCCAGGAUCUGAUUGAAAUGGGUAUCUGUUGCCUAAAAGAAGUAUCUUUUGUGGUACUUGAUGAAGCUGAUCGGAUGCUUGACAUGGGUUUUGAACAAAUAGUUCGCUCUAUACUGGGUCAAACGUGUUCUGAUCGUCAAAUGGUUAUGUUCAGUGCUACAUGGCCUUUGCCAGUUCAUUACUUGGCACAGGAGUUUAUGGAUCCUAAUCCUGUAAAAGUUGUUGUAGGCUCAGAAGACUUAGCUGCCAAUCAUGAUGUCAUGCAGAUAGUUGAGGUCUUGGAUGACCGUUCUCGUGAUAAGCGCCUAGUUGCUUUACUGGAAAAGUACCACAAAUCUCAGAGGAAUCGAGUAUUGGUUUUUGUUUUGUACAAAUUGGAAGCCAAACGAGUUGAAAAUAUGCUUCAAGAAGGGGGUUGGAAGGUUGUAUCAAUACACGGGGACAAAGCCCAACAUGAUCGCACAAAGGCACUCUCAUUGUUCAAGAAUGCAAGCUGUCCUUUGAUGAUUGCUACUGAUGUGGCCGCACGAGGAUUGGAUAUUCCAGAUGUUGAAGUAGUGAUAAACUAUAGUUUUCCUCUGACUACAGAAGAUUAUGUUCAUAGAAUUGGGCGAACUGGACGAGCUGGUAAAAAAGGUGUUGCCCAUACAUUCUUUAUGCAGCAGAAUAAGGGACUUGCUGGGGAGCUGGUGAAUGUUUUAAGAGAAGCAGGGCAAAUUGUACCGGAUGCCCUCCUGAAAUUUGGCACACAUGUAAAGAAAAAGGAGUCCAAACUUUAUGGGGCACACUUCAAGGAAAUUCCUGUUGAUGCUCCAAAGUCUCAAAAGAAAACAUUUGACGACUCUGAUGAAGACUAAGUGCUGGCUACUUGUGUUUAUUUUUGGCUGAAGAAAUAUAUGAAUUCGGUCAUUUCUUACUCUUUUUGGCCGAGUUAUUUAUUACUUUAAGAGGUAAUAAAAAAGGUUAGUUAUAAAUAGAUUAGUGAGUCUUUUCAUGUUGUAGCAUGCACCCAUCUGUGCUUUCUUUUGUUUUUGUCUUCACUUUGAGAUGAUAAUUUUGUAUUCACACAUAUUUUUAGCUGUCUAGAAUUGUCUUAUAAGUUACAAUUUCCAGGGUUUGACAUUUUAGAUUUUUAAUUGAUUAAUUAAUUAAUUUACUAUUUUCAUUUGGUGGUAGCUCGCAGUUAAAUUUUAUCUCCCCGACUGCUACAUUAAUUCUGUAACCAUAACUAUGCUUGUUAUACCAAUUUAUGUGGAUUGUUAA